AAUUUACUCUAUAUACCUUUACGGUACCAACGGACAGGUAUGAUUCAAAGGUGUGUGAGGCUCCAAAGAACCUGGUGAUCAAAACAAAGCGUUCCAAGUAAAAUCUGGCCAUUAGAUGGCAAUCAUGGGGCAUUCAAGGCAAUUGAGAGCUGGUCUCUUGAGGACAAUGGUGUGGGCAUUAUACCUUGAAACAUAACUGAUUUCCGCUCAAGAACGCCGUCCGACCAUUUCCUAUAUCUCUCAACCAGAAAUUGUCACGGAUAUUGGCGGCACCGUGGAAAUGUUGUGUUCAGUCCAAUAUGGUCAGGAUUACCCGGUCAUCUGGAUGAAAUUGGACCCGGUAGAUCGGAACAACGACUUACCGAUCACUACAGGUACAACUUUGAUCCUAACGGAUCCGAGAUUCCAUAUUGACUUGGAUAAAGAUACUUCCACUUACAAACUCAAAAUCGAGGACAUCCAAGAGACGGAUGGGGCCAAUUAUGAAUGUCAAGUGAUCAUUGCCCUGACGGAUAAGGAAACGGCUCAAGUCCCAUUGAUCGUCCGACAGCCUCCAAUUAUCAGUGAUAAUUCCACACGUUCAGUGGUGGCCGUGGAGGGUCAAAAAGUAGUUCUUAGAUGUUACGCCAACGGAUACCCACCCCCGGAUAUCUAUUGGCGGCGACAAAAUAAUGCUGUGCUCCCAAGUAAUACCUCAGUCUUCAAGGGGAAUAUUUUAGAGUUUCCCUCGAUUCUAAAAGAGCAUAGAGGCACCUAUUUCUGUGUGGCCACCAAUGUGGUGGGCUAUGGAGCCCGAAGAAACGUGGAUGUGGAGGUGGAAUUCAAGCCCACAAUCCGGAUCCCACAGAAGCGCUUGGGUCAAGCUUUACAGUUUGACAUGGAUUUGAAGUGCGUGAUUGAGGCUUACCCACCACCGGCUAUCAAGUGGUUCAGGGACAACAUUUUGCUCAACAACAAUCAGCACUACUCCAUUUCCCAUUUUGCGUUCGAUGAUGAAUACACGGAUACAAUAUUGCGGGUUAUCACUAUCGAGAAGAAGCAAUAUGCGAAUUACUCCUGCAAAGCCAUUAACGUGUUGGGUGAGGCCGAGGGCCGAGUGGAACUCUUUGAGACCGUGAUCCCUAUUUGCCCACCGGCUUGUGAUGGCUACAAUUAUAGCUCUGAGAGCAGCGUCAUGUUGGUCGAUACCGCGAUUCUUGUAAUUUGUGCGGGUUUGAGUCGGGUUUUGUUCAGAGCCUAUUAACAGAAUGUAAUAAAGACGAGGUUUCAGAAGGA